AUGGAAUAUGGGUUCGAACUUUGUUUGCCGGAGUCAAAGGUCUAUGCUGCGCGGGUGAAUAAUAUGUGUGUGGCGCAUUUAGUCCUGUGUAAUUUUGGGGCACAUUUCAAUGAGUCGCUUAUGAAAAGAUUUAGAGAGAGCUGUUUUGGGCACCUGUUGGGCCUCCAUAAAACUGCAUUUAGUGGUCAAAUUGUGCAUGCUCUGGCACUCCGGCGAGUCGGAGGACUUGGUGUUAAGGACAUGAUGGGCCUUAGUUAUGCAAUAGAGCCUGACAUAACGUCCGGGGGGGAUGCUCAUAAUCGAUUUAUGAAAGCGCAUUUUAGCAACAGGGGUCACAUUACUUGCAGUGACUUAGAAAAUGCAUUCCUAAAGUCCGAAAGAGGAAGCGAGGACUUGUUCAAAUUGGGACUGCUGUAUUUUGUGGAGUUUGUGAUAAUGGUGUCUGCAAGAUUGCAAGAUUCUCUGUUGUUUGCUCCUGGGAAGAAAGAGAGUGAUGAAGAGAAAAAUGGGAAGGUAAAAGGACAAGAAAAGGGAAAAAAGGCGGUGUGGAGUUCAGUGAGAAAAGGGAAGAAAAAGGUGGAAGAUGAGAAGCCUAAAAGAAUAAACAGACCUGCAUGGAAUAUAAAGGGAUUGAGCUAUGCUAUCCAGAUUUGGGUGUAUGAAUUAAUUGCUGAAUUGGGAAUUCUCCCCCUUAGAUAUUGUAAGCGGAUCGAGGAACCUGCAUUAGUCCCUCGAAAUUGCCGGUGGGAAUCCACGGAUAAAGUGCCUGAGUUUAAAAAGCUGAACGUUUAUAUAUUUCAAAGCAAACAGCUUGUUAUACUGCACCUCUUACGACCAAGUCAAUUGGAGAUGAGCCAACCGUAUUGGAGUUGGGGAUCAGAUGUUCUUGAAUUUGAUGCACCCAGUGUAGGUCUGCGAGUAUGUAAGGACCUUGAUGAGUUAAACUCUGUUGUGCAGCAGUUGAGGAAUGAGGUUGCAGUAUUGUACCGUGAGAAGGGUCAGCUAGAGGAGAGAGUUUUAUGCUCGGAAAAGUGUACGAGGUAUGCAGACGCGAGGAAGACUAGGGAUGCUAGAGCGGAGAGGAAUAAGACUAAGGAUGCUGGAGAGGAGAGGAAUAAGACUGAGGAUGCUGGAGCGGAGAGGAAUAAGACUAAGGAUGCUGGAGAGGAGAGGAAUGAGAUUGAGGAUGCUGGAGAGGAGAGUCAGAAGACUGAGGAUGCUGGAGAGGAGAGUGAUAAAACAGAUGAUGGUGGAGUAGCCGAAUCGAGAGAGCAGUGUGUACAAAAUGCUCAAGAAGAGGUGCAAUAUACACCCCCAGAUAUAAAUUGGGAUAAUCCAGGUGUGGUGUGUGUCACCCUUUUUAGAUUUCUUACGAAUCCUCCUCGAAAGAUUGACACGUCCACUGCUGAGGUUGAAUGUGGCGAAGAUGUUAUAGUUGGGGUCCGGCGAAAAGAGUGA